AUUUUGUUUGUUUUAGAUAAUGGAUCGCUAUGUUAUCAGGGAACAAAGGACUGGAAGAGAGCACCCCGAGGGAAAUCAAAUGAUAGCGUUUUCAGCAACUACGAGUAGUACAGGAAAUAAUAUUACUAUCCCCGAAACUAUGUACUUUGGAGAGUACGGUGGAGAAGUACAAAAUGCGAAUGUACAGCAUUUGGGAACGCACAGAUUACUAACGCCUCAUCUGCAACGUCAUAUGCCUCAAACGCCAAACGUUAUUCAAGUACAAAGUCAAAUGGCAUCCGGCAUUGAUCCCAGGUACUUAGCGUACCUUGAUAAUAACACAUACGUACAGACUAUGCGUGGAGGCGAUAUGCCCCCGACUAGGGCUUUCCAAACAUUCGGUAGUGAUUACCAAAACUGCAAUUUUGUCGGGGCUGAAACGAAUAAACGCAACACUCAAACUGUAUCUAAUAAUGCAAAUUUAAAUAGGCCUGAUCCUAAUAAUAAUAAUUUGAAUAGAGCUCAAAUAAAUAAAGCUAAUUUCAACGGAGCUCAAGCUACUAAUCUGAAUUUUAAUGCAAAUAAUCGCAGUUUUAAUAAUACAUUAGACACAAAUAAUCAAAUGUUUAAUGGAGCAACAGCGAGCAAUAAUUUCAAUCGAGCUGCAGUUAAUACACAAAAUUUUAACGGUCAAGAGAAUAAUCGUAGUUUUAAAGCAACGGAAAUUAAUGUUGGACAAUUCAAAGCUGAAACAAAUAAACAAAAUUUCAAAGGCGCUGAAAGAAAUGCUCAAAUGCUACAAACGAAGCCAAAAGUGGCUUCCGAGCAACAAACGGAAAUUGAUUUAUUGAGACACGAACUAAAGAACCAAGUCAAAACUCGGGCGGAGAAACUUAAAGAAUUGCAAAAAGGUGGAACAAGGAUAUUUUCUGGGCCGGUAGAAAAAAUCCUCAAAUGGCAUAAAUCUAUUCAAGACAUUGGCGUCAUGGUAUUGUAUGAAAUUGUCGGUAAAUGCGUGAAUGUAAGAGCAGGAGAAACCUGCGCUAAAAAUUUGGUGGUAAGGGAUGAAAACGGCCCAGCUAUUCAGGUCGUUUACUAUGAGAUCGAUUUCUUGUUACCAGAACUGAAACCACCUUGUACUAUCAGGGUUAUAGGUCGUAUGAUGCCAGGAACAAACCGCUUCCAGGCGUACAAUGUUCGUCCUGCGACAGGCGACGAUGUCGCGACGUUGCCGCGUCGCGCUGCGGUCGCGGCGCAUCAUGUCGCCAAACUGUGCAAGGAAUAUGGAGUUGAAGUCUUAAUACUCAAAUAA